UCUGGAUGUUCCUGAACCGCUCCGAGACGUCAAUGACACACAAUGGAUGACGGCGCCCACAAGCGAAUUCCACGUGCAUGCGUCAAAUGCUGUCUGUGGUCGACCAACACAGCAGCACGCACGUCUCGACAGUCGCUGCUGUGUGUAGCACGAAGAAUCUCGCGAGUUCUGUGUCGCUCAAACGCCGCCGCGCUGGUGACACGAACAGCUUGGAAGCGCUCUCGCUGACCCUCAAGAUGAAAUGCCUUGUCGUUGAAGCUCACAUGACCGACAUGAAUGUGCAGGUCCUCGAGCGCAACUUGGUCUCGAUCGCCAACGAGUUGGCGCUCCUGUUUGUGUUUGGCAUCCAGGACGAGCCCACGUGCACGCGAUUCCUCCAUUCGGCCUACGACCGCAUUGACAAACUCAUGACGAUGAAGAACAUCCACGACCGUCGGCUGUCUUCGACACCCGAUGCGCUUUGGACGGAGUCGAAGCAUCGCGCAAUAUCCGUCCACGACGCCGACGUGAACAUGAACGCGUGCUACGAGAUCACUUUGGAUGACAUUGCUGCAUUCUGGAAGCAGAUGCAGCUUGCCAAAGUCAAAGCCUCUGCAUUAUGGAACGAAGACAAGCUCCAAGAUGCGCUACCAUACAUGCGCGCCGCCGACAUGUACUUCAAGCGCCUCCACAUCAAGUACCAAAAGCUCAACCUGGACUACGCCAUGAUCGGCGCCCAGUGCAUUGUCCCCGUUGAGUCCAAGAAAGUCAAGCGGGGCCGUGUUUCGUUUGCAGACAAAGUAGAGUUUGUCGGAACUGCAGAAGCCGACGUCGAUCGGUCUCCCAUCAGUCCCACCAAACCAACGCCGCUGGAAGCAUUGCUCUUGCGUGCAUCUCGCGAGUUCCCCAUGCCGUCCUUUUAGACCUUGACGGCAACCUUAUUUAUUCAUGUACCACUAGCCAUGAUGGCCUCCAUUACACUCUGCUGUCA